CCUCAGUUCAACAUUGGAAAAACAACAAGCAACAUCGUGCAACAGAUAACAGAUUGAUACCAAUUUGUUGAAAUAUGUUGCUUAAGUUUUUAUAGUUGAAAUUCAAUUUCGAAUUCUCUGUUUUGUUGAUCAGUUAUUCUGUGUGUGUGCGCGUUUUUUUUAUUUUCAUUCUGUGCGCUCGAAUAGUUUAAAAUCGUUGAAUUGUUGCGUACAUACUUGACUGUUUCAUAUGAAACGACAUCCUAAUUCAGUUUUAAUUAAUAUUUUUUUUAUUUUGUUGUGACAACUACAUAUAUUCCAAAUUGAGAAUCGUUCAUCGUACGGAUAAUUUGUGUGCUUCUUUGCAAUCUUCUUCAUUGUCAAUUGUUUGUCUUUUUUGUCAACACUAGCUUGUUACACAGAUAAGUAAUUUUUACACGGCAUUCUGAUAUUACAAGCGUGAAAAAUCAACUGAGUCAGACGGCAGUAAAUAAUUCGGUAUUUUACUCAUACUUAUUUCACAUCCUGCUUGAGUCACAGGAUAUCCAAACAGAAAUUAUCUGGAAUUCCAUUUUUGGAGCGCAUCUGGAAUUCCAUUUUAUUGAACGAAAAUGCAAUCAAAUACAUCGAAAGACUCUCCACGCCAACCGAAGACAACCCCAAUCACAGACACAUACGACAUUUCGAAUACAGUCCUCGGCCUUGGCAUCAAUGGUAAAGUCGUUCAAUGUACGAGCCGUGCCACUGGCCAAAAAUAUGCGCUCAAAGUUCUGCAUGACAAUCCGAAAGCAAGACGUGAAGUUGAUUUGCAUUGGGCGGCCAGCGGAUGUCGUCAUAUUGUGAAUAUUGUUGAUGUAUUUGAAAAUACGUACAGUGGUAAAUCAUGUUUACUAGUUGUUAUGGAAUGCAUGGAAGGUGGAGAAUUAUUUCAGCGAAUUCAAGAUCGCCAAGACGAGGGGCCCUUCACCGAACGAGAGGCAGCUCAAAUUAUGCAUGAAAUUUGUGUGGCUGUGAAAUACUUGCACGAUUUAAAUAUGGCACAUCGUGAUUUAAAACCGGAGAAUCUACUAUAUACAUCACCAGCAGCAAAUGCUGUAUUAAAAUUGACUGAUUUUGGUUUUGCAAAGGAGACAUUUACAAAAGAUACGUUACAAACGCCCUGUUAUACACCAUAUUAUGUUGCACCCGAAGUACUGGGCCCAGAAAAAUAUGACAAAAGCUGUGAUAUUUGGUCACUUGGUGUUAUUAUGUACAUUCUAUUAUGCGGUUUUCCGCCAUUUUACAGUAAUCAUGGCCUCGCCAUUUCACCAGGCAUGAAAAAACGUAUUCGAUUAGGACAAUUCGAUUUUCCGAAUCCAGAAUGGCAAAAUGUAAGCGAUCAAGCGAAAAAACUCAUACAGGGAAUGCUGAAUGUUGAUCCAAGCAAACGGCUAACUAUCGAUCAAGUGAUGAGAAACCAAUGGAUUGCUCAAUAUACUGCUGUGCCACAAACACCAUUGCAUACUGGUCGCGUUCUACGAGAGGGCGAAGACAUUUGGCCUGAAGUCCAAGAAGAAAUGACCCGAUCAUUGGCUACCAUGCGAGUCGACUAUGAUCAGAUGCACAUCAAGACGCUUGACAAUUCAAACAAUCCAUUACUUAACAAACGUCGCAAACGUGCCGAAGAACAGGCAAAAUGAACAAUUUAACAUCAAUGGAACCCGCAUAGAAUUUUAAGGCACUCUUUCUCUUUUAGCUUGACACUAAACGUACUUAAAUUACAUUUCAUAUUUCAAUAAUCCGUUUAAUUAGAGAUACCAAUUGCGUUCGGACAUUAACAUUUACAGAAAAAUGUCAUUGUUAAAUUUUGGAUGCUUCAAUCAAAUGUGUCAAAUUAUGAUAAUAUUUUUUUAGAUUUCGGAUAAAAUUGAACAAAAACAAAAAGAAAAUAAGAAUAUUUCAGAAACCUAACGUGUACAAUGUACGUGUAAAUUAGAAUACGAUGUUUAUAUUGUUGGCCUGCAUACAUUUUGUUUGUAUCAAGAUUAUACCAAUAUAUAAAAUUGACAUUGUGAUUCAAGAUAUUGGGUAGAUACGCCUCUUUCUCUUUCGGCGAGAGUAAGGCAAAAGAAAAAAGGGCAAACACAAUUCAUUUCCAAAAAAAACCUAUUUAUGUUUAAGUUAGUGCAGUGUCAAUAGACGAAAAACAACAAAAAAAAACAGUCACAAAAACUAUAACCACAUCCGUUAAAUUCUCAUAAUUAAACAAAUCAGCGCGGCGUAAUUUUUCGUCGUUAUUAAGACUCGAAA